AUGACAACAAGAGGUGAAGAGACACAGCAGGAGGAAUUAAACUAUAUCGUAGAAUUCUUUCUAUACUAUUUUUUUAAUCGUUGUAGUGCAAAGAACAAAUUUAUUUAUCAAAAUCAUAUGUUCAUACCACACACUCUUUAUGCAAUACCAGUAACACCGAGUAAAACAGUAGCAUAUAGUAUGGUGAAGAAAGAGUCUUUAUUAACUAGAUUCCUUCCCGGGUUAUCGACAACAACCCCACCAUCAUCAUCAUCACCAAAUAAUAAAAUAAAAAACAAUAUAAAUGUCAAUAAUAAUAAUUUUACCGAUGAAUUAAACCAUGAGGAAGAGGUGGAAACACCAGAACAAGAAACUGACUCACUAAUAACUGACAAUAGUACACCUAAUAAUAAUAAAAACAACAACAACAGCAAUAAUAAUUAUUUCGUUUAUAUUGUUGAUGAUAAUCAUUCGAUUACAUCUUUGUCCGAAAAAUCUAAAGACUUUUAUACGGGUUCCAUUGUUGUCGAUCCCCCCAUUAAUAGCAUUAAAUCAUUUUUGUUAUCUCCUACACCACCACCACCGCUCAAAGACGACAGCACCACCAGCGUCGAUCAGAGUGAUUCACAUCGACGACAAACUAAUUGCAAUAGCAUUGAGAUUCAUCCAUACACCACCACCACUGACACCACGCACGAUUACAAUUUAAACUCAAACUACUUUGAAACAAUGUCAGUGUCGAAUAACACCAGCAUUGCUAACAAUUGUAGAGAUAACAGUAGUGGUAGUAGUAUCAUAAGAUCUAUUACAAAUAAUCUCUUAGAAAUACAACGUGAAAACACAUCGCUAUCAUCUUCACAACCACCAUUAGACAACAGUCAAACUACAUAUUUACUAAUGCACGAUAAAACUGAACCACAGCAAGAAGAUACCUUCUUCCAAAGAGGUAAAAAGAUUCUCAUUGCAGGAACUGGUUUCUUAUGUGAUGCAUAUGAUCUGUUUGUUAUAAAUAAUGUUCUUGUAAUUCUAAAGAUGUUGUAUCAAGAGGAACAAAACUCAGCACCUGUCGUUGCCACUGCUGCACUCUGGGGUGCGGUCGCAGGUCAACUGCUUUUUGGAUUCUUUGCGGAUCGUGUAGGUCGUCGUAUUGGUUUCAUUAUCACUUUGUCGUUCAUCACUCUUGGUGCACUUGGCUCUACUCUCUCGUUCAACACUGCACGAGUCAAUAUCUUUGUGAUGCUAGCGAUCUGGCGUACCGUGCUCGGUUUUGGUGUCGGUGGUGAGUAUCCACUGUCGGCCACUAUCAGCUCGGAGUCGGCAUCGACCGACGCCAAGCGUGGCGCUCAAAUUGCAUCGGUGUUCUCCAUGCAGGGUGUCGGUAUCAUCAUGUCGCCAAUCAUCGUUUUGAUUCUCCUGAGAAUCUGCGGAGCCGACCAUCUCGAUGUGGUGUGGCGUGUCGCUCUCGCAUUCGGUGGUAUCCCGGGUUUGAUUAUGAUCUACUUUAGAAUUCGUAUGAAGGAGACCAAAGCGUUUGAGAAGCGAAAGAACACCAUCUCCAAGCGUGAGAUCGCUCGCUACAUUGCCAAGUAUCACUGGAAGACGCUGUUGGGUACCGCCGGUAACUGGUUCAUCUUUGACAUUGUGUUCUACGCCAACGGUCUCUUCUCGUCGACCAUCAUCAGUGUGCUGGGUUUCGACGGUCCCAACUCUGAUUACGACAAGCUCUUCAACACUGUAUUGACCGCGCUCUACUUGGCGCUGUUGGGUCUGCCAGGUUACUUUGUCGGUGUCGCGCUCAUUGAUCGUGUCGGUCGUCGUAACCUCCAGCUGAUUGGUUUCGCACUGCUCGGUCUCACCUACAUUAUCAUGGGUGCCACCUUUGAGUAUAUCAAGAAAAUCAAAGCGCUCUUUAUCAUUCUCUACGGCCUGACGUUCUUCUUUUCGAAUGCCGGUCCAAACACUACCACCUACGUACUACCGAGCGAGUCAUUCCCAACCAGAGUUCGUGCCACCUGUCACGGUAUCUCUGCUGCGUGCGGUAAGCUCGGUGCCGUUCUCGGUGGUUAUGCCAUCCAACCGUUCUUCCUUUCCAACGGUCUCGGCAAGACGCUCUUGGUUUGCGGUGGUAUCUCGUUUGCCGGUUUCAUUCUCACUUUCCUCUGCACCAAGGAGACAAUGGGACGUCCACCCAUCGAAGACGACAUUGAGCUCUCAGAGUCCAACGACAUGGCCACCCCAGGUGAACCAGUCGACAAACUCUCCACUUCACAAAAGCAUUUGGUUGACUCGGAAAAGCAAGAGGUUUAA